AUGAAUCCUGAAGUUGCCUUUGUCAAGGAUUCGUGCUCCCUGAACAAUCCUUGGGCAACUUCAGGAUUCAUCGACCUUGCCAACCUGUCACAGGCUGUAGACCUCAGUAAGCCGAUAGACAAGAGGAUCUACAAGGGGACCCAGCCAACAUGUCAUGACUUCAACCAGUACUCUGCCACAGCGGAGAGUGUAGCUCUCAUAGUGGGUUUCUCAGCUGGACAGGUCCAGUAUCUCGACCCCAUCAAGAAGGAAACCAGUAAACUCUUCAAUGAGGAGAGGUUGAUAGACAAAUCCAAGGUGACGUGUCUAAAAUGGCUUCCCAAGUCGGAGAACCUGUUCCUGGCCUCCCAUGCCAGUGGCCACCUCUACCUCUACAACGUGGACCACCCGUGUGGCACCACAGCCCCACAAUACUCUCUCCUGCGACAGGGAGAAGGCUUCGCCGUCUACGCCUGCAAAACAAAGACGCCUCGCAACCCGUUGUUACGAUGGGCUGUGGGUGACGGAGGCCUCAACGAGUUCGCUUUCUCCCCAGAUGGAGUGCAUGUGGCGUGCGUGGGCCAGGACGGCUGCCUGCGUGUCUUUCACUUUGACUCAAUGGAGCUGCAGGGGGUGAUGAAGAGCUACUUUGGAGGGCUGCUGUGCGUGUCAUGGAGCCCCGAUGGAAAAUACCUUGCCACGGGCGGAGAGGAUGACCUGGUUACCGUUUGGUCAUUUGCAGAAAGCCGUGUGGUUGCAAGAGGUCACGGCCACAAGUCCUGGGUCAAUGUGGUGGCGUUUGAUCCCUUCACAACUUCCUUGGAAGAUGAGGAGCCUAUGGAGCUCAGUGGCAGCGAGGAGGACCUCCACCAAGGGCCACCGAGCAACUCCAUGCACUUUGGCCGUGUACGAACAAGUAGCACGUUGUCGCGUCUGUCUCGGCACAGCUCUAAAGGAGGCGGUUCGGCGUCCGUCACAUACCGGUUUGGCUCGGUGGGGCAGGACACCCAGUUCUGUCUGUGGGACUUGACAGAUGACGUGUUGUACCCACGCCUGCCACUGUCCCGCGCCUUUACUAACACUUUUGGGCCUUCACUUUCCAACUCUGGCAGUGGGGUGGUCAACAGUACCUCAGGUGGGGGAGGGGGUGGAACAGUUGAAGGGCACCAUCAUCCGCCCAACACUAACACUGGCACCACAAACCCUCCAACGCUCCCCUUACCUCUUCCUCGCUCCCUUUCCCGCUCCAACUCUUUGCCCCACCCCGCCGUGGCAAAUGUCGCCAAGGGCCCGGGCGUCUCGGAGGGCGGCGGGGUAACCGGUGGAGGUGGAGGGAGCAGUGGAGGAGGAAACACCACCCCAUUUAGCAUUGGCCGUUUCGCCACACUUUCACUCCAGGAGCGCAAGUCAGACAAGUCUGGUUGCAGCAGUGGGGUGGAGAAGGAGCACAAGAGGUACCACAGCUUGGGCAACAUCAGCAAAAGCAACGAUAAAAUCAACGUGGCGCCCAGGAGCAGCCGGCUGGAUGCUGCCAAGGUCCUCGGCACAACGCUGUGCCCACGCAUGCAUGAGGUGCCGCUGCUGGAGCCACUGGUGUGCAAGAAGAUUGCACAUGAGAGGCUGACCGUCCUGGUGUUCAUGGACGACUGCAUCAUCACCGCCUGCCAGGAGGGGCUCAUCUGCACCUGGGCGCGGCCGGGGAAGGCGAAUUUGACAGCACAGAACGGGAACUCUCCGAGUGGCACGGUGGUAUAGCUGGAGGAGAAGCUUUGCACUCAUCCCUACCUCCAUCCACCCUCUCCACUGUAAUCAAAUUAGGGGCCAAUAACAAGCGGCCAUUCCCUACCAUUCCCACCACCACAGUAUUAUACCAUAAGCCUUUGUACAUGCCACAGAUCCUGUUCCUUACUGAUUUCACUCUCACUGCGGACGGUUUGAUGGAAAACACUUCCUGAAUUAUUUAACGAGCAUUAAUUCAAGUGCUUAAAUAUAGAAAAGCUGCGAGAUAGCAUCUAGUUAGCCUUAGUAAGACUCGGUUCUGGUAAUGUGGAAACGCCUUUGAUCUGGGUUUUUAUUAUUUGGUUGUGGCCUCUUAGUUCCAGUAAAGAGAGGUCAAAACACUACGGCAAACAAUUAUACUGUACAGUGUACUUCCAACCUGCUAGAGUGGAGUUUCCUGUUUGCAUAACAAAGCUAGCUCUCUAGCUCUCUCUCGUUCCCAGUUUGGGGUGAAAAUAACUUGAUUGACCUACACAGGACCCUGACCUAUACCCUAUCCAACACCGUUGGAAUAAACUAGAUCACUGGCUGUGACAGACUUUAGGACUGUAUCACCUUGUUAAUGCUCUUGCUGCUGAACAGAAGGAGUAUCUAAACAUAAUGAAUAUAUCCAGAUUAAACAGUGGAGCCAUUCUUUAGCGGAUGUAUAAAACUCAAAGGAAAACUAGAGUUCUUUUGAUCAGUCAGUUUCACUCGUUAAUAGUUAGAAAAGUCUCACUUGUCGGUGUUCUGACCAUCAUUUUAUGUUUUUUAGCAGCACUAAACAAUUGUUGUCAGACAUUUGAUAUAUUGCUUCAGGGAGAGUUUCCCACCUUGUGCUACUUUGGAAUUUUUACGUUUAUUCCCUGUGCUUCAGCCCUCUGCCUGCAUCUAACACACAGAGAUUGUUUCUCCUUCCUGUCAGCAGCAUCACAGUGAGCAGCAGAGUGAGUCUUCAUUCGUCCUUCAUCCAUGAGAAGCCACGGCCAUUGUAUUUAAGUUAUUUAUUUUAUCACAAGACUGUAAUUAUUUAUAAUGUAAGUAUUGGAAACUCUAUAAAUACAAAAAGGACAAACGUAUAUGGAAAUAAUGACUUGACAGCACGGAAGAAAAAUACGGAAAGAUGAAGAAUAUUAUAAUAUAUGAAGAUCCUUCUAUUGUACAUAGCAACCACACUUAAAAAAUGACUGUCUGCUGUAAGGGAACUUGAAGAUGUCAAUGUGUUUUUAUUUUGUGUGAUAAGAGUUUCUCUGGUGUGUCCGUGAAAGCGAGGUGGUGGAAGCAGUGGGUCAUGUGACUUCAUACAGAGGCUGCUAGCUGUAACAAACUGUCCAUAUGAUAUACUAACUCUGCUGAACAUCAUGUGUGGAGGAACAGCAUCUUAAUGAGUUAUGAACAAACACACUUGCACAUACUUGAAGUAAAAUGGCUCACACACACACACACACACACACACACACACACACAGAGAGAGAGACAUCCCUUAUGGUGUAGCAUCAUAUAUAUCUUGGUUCCUGUUGCAACUAAAUUGCCUCUUGCAGGAAUUUGCACAUACAAUAAAUCCACAGUCCAUGCUGAGCUCCUGAUUAGCUAUGCAGGGGUUUUAUUGUCUCAUCUGAUCUGACAUGUGCACAAAAAGGUCCCAUAUCCCCACUAUUCACUGCAUCCACUUUGGUGCAGACUAAAUAGUGUAUAUCUUUGGGACAAGAUUAGAUUUAUUUUUCUUUGCUGUUUUUAUUAUGCUUAGAGUUGGAUGUGCAAAGAUAAGAUGAUGUUGAGGCAUUAUUGACAGAGGACAUUACAAUCUCUAUGAGGCAGACCUCCUGCCUGAUUAUGAGCCUGAAUGUCCAUCUAACUUCAUUAUUCAGUCAGACAUUUUAUUAUCAAGUCAACUGUUUCCUGAUUAAGAAGUGUUAUGAUUUGCUCCCUCCAAACCUAAGCUACAGUGGUGGCUGAUGGGAGACUGGUGAAUGCAUUUAGCAUUUUUUUCAAUUCAAGAGGUUUUUAGCCAUGUUGGUGCAAGGAAUGGUCAUAUUUGUAUGAUUGUUAUGUUGUUCAGAGAUUCAUGGUUCUUUCCUCCAAAAUCUCCAUCUGGUAGAAAUGAGACUUCAAUAUUUUGGCUUAGGACCAAAUACCUGUAAAACUCAUGACAUCCCCAUCAGUCUCAGCAUCCUAACAUGCUAUACGAAGGUGAUGAACAUUGUAAACAUUAGCCUUCUAGCAUUGUCACUCUAAGCAUGUUAGCAUGCUAAUGUUUGCAUUCAGUUCAAAGUACUGAACUGAGUGCAGUCUCACAGAGCCACUAAUGACUGUAGAGAUGUUGUCUAGUCUCCAUUCGUUGUUUUUGCUCAAAAUGGGGAAACGGCAUUCAAUGAGAGCGACAUCAGAUCUUCUGUCCCUGAAAAAAGAAAGCAGUGAAUAACUAGAAGGAAUCUCUGAGAGUGCAGACCCCUGCCAAGUGUAAAUAAUCUUUAAGCAUUAAGUUAACAAGAGGAAUAAAACAUUUGUGCAUACGCCAAAUGAUUUAGAUCCGCUCUGAAAUGUAAUGGGUUUUUAUGUGAACAAUGCCACAAAGUUUCACCAAGUUUCAGAAAUGUGCGCCUGUAUUUAUUUUCUUAAUCCCACUGACAAACAAACCAAAUCCAAAAAACAUAACCUCGUUGAAGCAGGCUUCCUCCUGCAUGAGAUCAUUUCUAUUUCACUGAAUCUUCAGUGUCUUUUUCCGCAAUAUUGUAAACAUGUUGAAUAGUAAUGGCACUGCAGGACCAAAUGUUUCCCGGAAUCGUCAAAUCAGAACAUGUCAAAUGACAAAAAACAGUUACUGAUUGGAACCUUGAAUUCUGAAGCAGUUGAUGCUUUGCUGAUGAACACAACUUCAACCUCCAAAUAUGUCUGUCCUCUCCUCACCCCUCAGACUGAGAGACACAUCUGUCGGGGGGUUUUCUGAGGAUAUGUCUGCAUUUGGGGCCCACAAACAAUUAGUAAAUGUAUGAUCUCUCAAUGCCGAUACAAAGCACACAGUGCAACGAGCCGGCAGCAUUUUUAUCAGCCUUUUGUGUGGAGUUACCUACCUAACAAUAAAUACUAUAAAUAGCAGCGUGACCUCCAGCCCUGCAGGAGCCAUGCCCUGGUAGCAGCAGACCAACCACCAGGUUUCCUCGUGCUGUGUUGGAGCCAGUGUCAGGGUAUUAUUACAGCCCAUACAUACUCAUGUUUGUUGUCAUAGCAACAGCAUGUCUGCUGCUGAGUGUGUCUCCAAUGAGCUCAUGUGCUUCGGGUCAAUCUCUGUUUUAACGCCAAAUAAAUGCUUCAUCACGAUGGAAGUUAAAUCCCUUAAGGGAAUAAUUCCCCCCCAAACAUUAACCUUCUCUCAAAUAUUAGAGUAUGUGCAGCUUAAGGAAAUCAAUGUAUAGUCAUGUGUGAGAACAGCUGUUUGAUGUUUAGGCCAUGCUCACACUAUUAAAAUACAUUCUGAUCACAAGUUCACUGGGAAAUAUCGGUAUGAAUGAUCCCUGAUUUAAUGCCCCCGGUCACAUCCACAGGUGAUACGAGACAGCAAACAUUUUUAAUGUUGACUCCAAAAUAAAUGUGUGAUACCAUUCCUUAUUGGUACAAUUCUAAAGCUGCUCUCACAUGAUAGGAAGUUCUCUUCAAUGACCAUACAGAGGGGAGCAGAGAAAAAUUAAAACAUCAAAAGGGUCCACGUUGCUUCCUGCUUUUCUAUUUCUUUAAAGUAACUCAAUUUUGUGCAUGUUUGUUAAGGAAACCCUGAUUUAUCGUUAUCCUUAUUAUCUGAGCCCCAGACACUGAAGGUAACAGAGUUUACCGAGCAGUACAUGGAAGCUGAAGCAUUGGGAAUGUCUAAAGACAAGAAGUGUGCAGUUCAAAUACUCACAGACUAAUGAGCUGAACAAAAGCUGUGAUCACAGGAGUUAAAACCAUCAUUCAGUUCAAAGGAACAGAAAAUCCCUGUGUUACAUUUUUUGUGACAUUCCAGGCUGAAACAAGACACUUUAUUUGAGUUUUUGUAAUUUAUUUCUGUGUGUGUGUGCAUGUGUAAAAUAUACAUUCUCUAUUAUCACCAUACAGAUAUCACACACACACACUAUCACACACUUUACGGGGCUGUUCUGGUGGAAGUUAUACAGCAGAAUGGCUUCACUGUAUCCAGUUUGUAUAUGGAGAUCUGUUAUUAAAACGUUAAACCUGAAA